AUCGUGCGUGCACGAAUUUGUUGUCAUUCAAGUGUAUUCAACACCUCAAGCACGUUGUUGAAUGAUUUUUUAAGUGAAAUUUGUCGCUAAAAUAAUAUGAACGAUUGUUUUGUUCGUAAUUUAUAAUAAUUGCUGUUAUAGUUGCUAUUUACAAAAAUAUUAAUCAGUUAUGGUUAAAGUUGAGUUACCCUCAUCAGGUACCGAGAGUGAUACACAGCUGACUCCUCUCGCUGCUUCUACGCAGAAGACACCUCCAAAAAAAGUAAAACCAGAUAGCAGUCACGAAAGCGAUGAUGACGACGACAGCGCGUCUUCUGGAUCAGAAGACGUCCCAAAUCAGUCAUAUACAAGUUCCAUUUCAAGCAUACCGAAGUCGGUGCAAAACACUAAGGAAAAGUAUCUGGACAAGUUUCCUUCCGUCAGACUCAGUAAGCCAAAAUACAACGUGGACAUAGAUCUAAGCGACUCAAGUGAUGAGGUCUGGAUUAUCAAGUGCCCCUCAUCAAUAGAAGCUAAAAAAGUUCUUCUGGGAUCCAAAUUUGAAAACUUUUCGUUAGGAUCGGUAACAAAAAUAAGUUCGCCUAAACAGAACUACCAGUUGGAAGGGGUUGUAGUAAACAAUGAUAGCAAGAAACCAGUGACAAUCAUGGCCGGCACCGAGUUCAAGUCAUUUGUCCCGGUGGGAACCAUUCAAAUACGCGAAGCCAUGGAAAUGGAUGAUGUGUGUCCACUACCAAUAAAAGGCGGUACGCACAUAUCUGCACUGGAUGACAACCAGGAAAUACCAUUCCCGGAGGAUAUCCGAGACAUACAUCCACUACUGGGGUUUGAUUACAAGCGGACGCAGAAAUUGCCCAAACACGUGAAAAAAGCUUUGUCACUGGCACGACAACGUUCCGAAGCAUUUUAUCUUCAGAAGGAAGAGGUAACUCUAGAGAAAACAAUCAAAAAGGAACCGAAUUUGACACCACCGACCGAAGGAAAAAUGUCAAAAAAACGAAAGCGCGAUGAAGCGCUUUUGGAUAUGGAUUUUGUGGAUUCCACUCCGGCUGAUGAUGCAAUUCAAAUGAUGAUCAAGGAAGAAGCGCAACCCGACCCGCUUCGGAAGAAAGCAAAACGAGAAAAUACGGCUGCCGCAGAAGAUGAUUUGUCCUGGUUGAACGACAUGUGAGGUGUGGUAAUAAAACCAAAAGGUA